AUGUUAUCCCGCACAACUCGAUUUGCAGCAAGCGCCACUUCAAGAAUCUCUUCAAUCUCCUCACAUUUUCAACAACAGCAACGCAACAUGACGACCUUAAAACUCAACACCGGUGCUACCAUUCCCGCCGUGGGCUUCGGUACAUGGCAGGAUAAAGACUCCCAAGAAGAGGCCGUCUCGAAUGCUCUCAAGGCUGGCGUUCGACACAUUGAUACAGCUGCUAUCUAUGGAACCGAGAAGAUGGUUGGCGAUGCUAUCAAGAAGAGCGGUAUUCCUCGAUCUGAACUCUUCAUCACCACCAAGCUCUGGAACAACAAGCACGUCCCAAAGGAUGUUGCCCCAGCUCUGGAUGCCUCUUUAAAGGAUCUCCAAAUGGACUAUGUUGAUCUUUAUUUGAUGCACUGGCCCUCUGCUUUCAAGGCUGGCGAUGUUGCCAUGCCAAAGCAAGACGACAAGAUGCAGCUGGAAGAUGUCUCAUACGUCGACACUUAUAAGGCUAUGGAAAAGCUCUUGACGACUGGAAAGACCAAGGCCAUUGGCAUUUCAAACUUUUCGCAGAAAGAAUUAGAAACCUUGCUCCAGGAGACAAGCGUUGUUCCUGCUGCACACCAACUUGAACUCCACCCAUGGCUUCAACAGAAAGAGUUUUGCGAAUACAACAAGAGCAAGGGCAUUUUAAUCACACAAUACUCGCCCUUUGGAAACCAAAACGAGAUUUAUGACAGCGGAAAGAACAUGGGCAAACUGAUGGAUGACCCAACCCUUGUCGAAAUUGGCAAGAAGUAUGGAAAAACUGGUGCGCAGACCGCGUUGGCAUGGGGAAUCAACCACGGCCAUUCGGUGAUUCCCAAGUCCAAGACCCCCUCUCGUAUAUCGUCCAACCUGGAGGGCGAUUUCAAGCUUGAGCCUGAAGAUUUGAAGAAAAUCGAUGGACUCGACAAGAAGCUACGAUUUAACGACCCUAGUGCCUCAUUUGGCUACAAAUUUUAUGCUGACCUUGACGGUUCGAAUUGA